GGCUGAUAUCGUUGGUUACCUUAGCUGACAUAUGCAUUCGCAGGUGCAGCCGACUCAGUUGAAGUUCGAACGAAGUUGAAGAUGGGACAGUUCCUAUGUUCUGUCCUACUUACGACUCUGACCAUAUGACUCUGUGUUUUCGCCACCAACUAGACAUUAGACAACGCAAUUAAAGAAAGAAAAACUCAUUUCUCAAAGAUUUUAUUUCUUGAUGGAUCCUCAUUUCAAGUUCAAUUUCGUCAACGGAUUUAAAGUCAACCAAGUGCCUAUUAUGCUCAAUGUAGGGGAUCAGUGCCUUGACCCUGUAAAUGGGAUGAGAUCCAUCCACUCUGGAUUCAUGGAUAACCGGUUUCGUCUUCCACCUGAUCCAAACGAUGCUCAAAUUCCUGAUUCCCUCUCCACCAUUACUACGGAAGAAGACUCUGAUCCCUUGGAUGAGACUGAUUUCUCUGCUACCGUCCUACGCUACAUAAACCAAAUGCUUAUGGAAGAGGACCUGGAGGAGAAGCCCUGCAUGUUUCAUGAUUCUUUGGCUCUUCAAGCCGCUGAGAAAUCAUUCUAUGAGGUCAUUGGUGAGGCAUACCCUUCUUCUUCCAUCCAAAACCAUCUCCAAUUGGAGAGCCCUGAUGACAGUCUCUAUAGUAACUUCAUCGAUUUUAGCAGUUGCAGUACCACUAGCACUAGCAACAUGGUUGAGCCCCAUUGGAGUAACGUUGAUCUUACGGCGUACAACUACAAGCCUUCUUUACUUCAAACCAAUCUUCCUGCUGACUUUGUUUUCCAGGCGAGUUCAACCUUUUGUACCCAAUCUUCUAUGAAUAGCACUAGUAGCUUCACUGUAAACAAUGGUGCAUUCUCGGAAAGUCCCAAGGCUGGAUUUCUAGAUUCAAACUUGAUUAGCAAGAGUGAGUCUAUACUGCAAUUUGAGAAAGGUGUGGAGGAAGUCAGUAAGUUUCUGCCUAAAGGGAAUCCAUUGGUUAUUGACCUGGAGAACAGCACUUUUAGCCCUUCUUUCAGAAAGUCUCCUCAGCAGGUUGUAAUUGAGACGGAGAGAGAUAAAUGGGAGAAUCAUGAGCGGGUGGAUGAAACAGAUUUACAAGAUGGGAGAAGUAACAAGCACUCAGCUGUUUGCAUGGAUGACAAUGAGUUAUCAGAAUUAUUUGAUAAGGUACUGCUACCCAAGAGUUGGGGAAAUGAGGCAGCUCCUGUGUGUACUUAUAAAAAAGGCCAGCCUAAUGGACCAAACAUGAGCAGGCAGCAGAAAGAAGAAAAAAACAAGUCUGUUAGUGGAAAGAGCCAUGUUAAGAAACAAGACAAUAAUAAGAAGGGAGUUGUGGAUCUGAGGACACUAUUGAUUGUAUGUGCACAAGCUGUUUCUUCUAAUGAUCGUGCAACUGCUAAUGAGUUAUUGAAGCAGAUAAGGCAACAUUCUUCCCCGCUGGGUGAUGGGUCUCAGAGGCUGGCCCAUUGCUUUGCAAAUGCUCUUGAAGCACGCUUGGCUGGCACUGGCACUCAGAUUUAUACUGCUUUAUCCUCCAAAAGAACCUCUGCUGCAGACAUGGUGAAAGCUGGCCAAAUGUAUAUUUCUGUCUGCCCAUUUCAGAAGCUUGCAACAAUUUUUGCAAACCAUGCAUUUUUGAAUCUUGCCAAGGAAGUGGAAACUCUUCAUAUUGUAGAUUUUGGCAUCCGUUAUGGCUUCCAUUGGCCUUCACUUAUUUAUGAACUAUCAAAACGACCUGGUGGACCUCCCAAGCUGCGCAUGACAGGGAUAGAGCUCCCUCAACCUGGUUUCAGGCCAGCAGAGAGAGUCCAGGAGACAGGGCUACGCCUGGCAAGGUAUUGUGAUCGAUUUAAUGUUCCAUUUGAGUUCAAUGCUAUUGCAAAGAAAUGGGAAACCAUCAGAAUUGAGGACUUGAAGAUAAAGAAAAAUGAACUUGUUGCAGUGAAUUGUUUGGUUCGAUUUAAGAAUCUACUUGAUGAGACUGUUGUGUUGAAUAGUCCCAAGGAUGCUGUUUUAAAUUUAAUUAGGAAGGCAAAUCCCGCUAUCUUUAUACAUACUACGAUCAAUGGGAGCUAUAAUGUCCCAUUCUUUGUGACACGGUUCCGGCAGGCUCUUUUUCAUUACUUUUCUUUGUUUGAUGUGCUUGACACCAAUGUUGCUCGCGAAGAUCCCAUGAGGUUGAUGAUUGAGGAGGAGUUAUUUGGGAGAGAGGUAAUGAAUAUUAUAGCUUGUGAGGGUUCUAAGAGGGUUGAGAGGCCCGAGACAUACAAGCAAUGGCAAGGUCGGAACAUGAGGGCUGGGUUUAGGCAACUUCCUUUGGAUCAAGAGCUCAUUAACUUAUUAAGGGCUGGGUUGAGAGAAGAGUACCACAGUGAUUUCAUGCUAGAUGAAGAUGGCAACUGCAUGCUGCAAGGUUGGAAGGGCCGAACAAUUUAUGCUUCCUCCUGUUGGGUACCAGCAUAGCCCUUGACAAUGUUCUUCCCAGGGUAGUUAGUAAAAGCGUUUCCUGAGUUUGUUGGAGAGAGAUGGUCCACUCAGGAAUCUGGCAAACAUAAUGUGGACUGCUUAAAAGUCCUAUGGUUAACAUAGAGCACGGUUCAGUUUCAGU